CGCGCCCUCCGCUCUCGCUCAUGCUCCCCGGGGAGAACCCAGCGGAGCAGGAAACUACAAGUCCCAGAGUCCGCGGCCGUUUGGCUGGGAGCUGCGCGAUGCUAAGUGUCAACAUGGCGGCUGGAGGCAGACAAAGACAAGGCAGCUGGUGAUGUGACUGGCUGGGAGAUCGCAGGGUUAGAGAGUGAGCUGGGCGCCGAGGGCGGGCACUGUCACCCCCCAGGAGGCCGCGCGGGGACCUGCCCGCUGGGAGAGCAGCCCGGGGAGCCGCCAUCACUGGGGUCUUGGAUUGUCUAUCGCAAAGUUUACACAGAAAAUAGGUGCCCGGUGUGCCAUCGCUAUUGACCAGGACUGGCAUUGUAGUUCUUUCGGCAUGGUGCCCAGCUCUUCCUGGCACAGUAUAUGAAUCUUUUGCUAUGCGCCCGUCAGCAGACAGCAGCGCUGUGAGUCUGCCUAAAACCAUGUCACAUUACACAGAUGAGCCAAGAUUUACCAUAGAGCAGAUCGAUCUGCUUCAACGCUUGCGACGUACGGGAAUGACCAAACAUGAAAUUCUCCACGCCUUGGAGACGUUAGAUCGUCUUGACCAAGAACACAGUGGCAAGUUUGGAAGGAGAACAAGCUACGGAACAAGUUCCUACAGCAACAGCACCAACAAUGUCCCUGCAUCUUCAUCGACAGCCACCGCUUCCACGCAGACCCUUCAUUGUGGUAUGUCCCCUUCUCCAAGCAACAGCUGUGACACCUCACCACAACCUUGCACUACCAAUCAGAAUGGGAGAGAGAGCAACGAGAGGCUUCCAACAUCCAAUGGGAAGUUAUCUCCAACUCGCUACCAUGCAAAUAGCAUUGGGCCAAGGUCGUACAGCUAUGAAGCUUCAGAGGAAGAUCUGGAUGUGGAUGACAAGGUGGAAGAGUUAAUGAGGAGGGACAGCGGUGUCAUUAAAGAAGAAAUCAAAGCGUUUCUUGCAAACCGGAGAAUAUCACAAGCUGUCGUUGCACAAGUAACAGGUAUCAGUCAGAGCAGGAUCUCCCACUGGUUGCUUCAGCAAGGAUCGGACUUGAGUGAACAGAAGAAGAGAGCCUUUUACAGAUGGUACCAGCUGGAGAAGACCAACCCAGGUGCAACCCUAAGCAUGAGGCCUGCCCCUACCCCAAUAGACGACACAGAAUGGAGACAAACGCCACCACCUGUUACUGCUACCUCUGGCACAUUCCGGUUACGACGGGGUAGCCGGUUUACUUGGAGAAAGGAAUGCUUGGCUGUGAUGGAAAGCUAUUUUAAUGAAAACCAGUAUCCCGAUGAGGCCAAAAGAGAAGAGAUUGCAAAUGCUUGCAAUGCUGUGAUCCAGAAACCAGGAAAGAAGUUGUCUGAUCUGGAGAGGGUCACAUCCUUGAAAGUAUAUAACUGGUUUGCCAAUAGAAGGAAGGAGAUCAAGAGAAGAGCCAAUAUUGAAGCAGCAAUCCUGGAGAGUCACGGCAUCGAUGUACAAAGUCCUGGAGGUCAUUCAAACAGCGACGAUGUCGAUGGCAACGAUUACUCUGAACAGGAUGACAGUACUAGCCAUAGUGAUCAUCAAGAUCCGAUCUCCUUGGCAGUGGAAAUGGCAGCUGUGAACCACACCAUCCUAGCCCUGGCACGGCAAGGUACCAACGAGAUCAAGACAGAGGCCAUCGACGAUGACUGAAAAUGGGAAGGGUCAAUCCGAAAACUAACUUAGAUUUAGUCGUAGCACCUUAGCAAUCUUUCCUCAGCCCUUAAUAUGUGUCCCUCUUUACAAUAUAACUGCCGUCUCAUGUACGUCGAGUUAGCUGGUAGGGUCUCGUUCUGUGAAGAUGGCUUGAUGCGAUUACCCUUCGCAUAUGCUCUCUCAGUAUUAGUUCCAACAAUAAUCUCCCCUCUCCUUCAUCUUCAUUGGUCCGUCUUGGCAUUCAAUUUAAAAAAAGUGCUUCCAGCCCGUCUGUGACAUUUUAACUUCCGUAACGUCUUUUUCAGUUAUAGACAUUAUCAAAUAUAAGGGACCAUUUAAGCUAUAUAUUAAUGAUGGCAAAGACCAGUGCAAACCAUAUGUAAAUACAGCUCCCAACGUCCUCCUGACAAAUCCCCAGCUAAAGUUAUACAUUAUGUCGGAGGUCAGAAUCCUUCUAGUCCCUUCCCAGAAUCCCUUGAUCAAGAACAAGGGGUUUCUACUGGGUUAUUUUUAUUUUUCCCCUCCAUUUUUGAGAAACCGAUGGUCUGGGGAAACCAUAGUACUGCUUCUGCUGAUCUUGGUUUUUAAGUUUGGGUUUCCGUAUUCCAGAACCUGGGAAAACUAUUAAAAACAUUUCUCUCACAAUACUUCACUAUGUACCCAUGUAAACUCUACAGUCCAAGGAUCUUGUAUGGUCAUCCAUCGGGCAUUGUAUAAUGUCUAUCUACAAUCUUCCAAUGCUGACCACGUUUAUGCUUCACCACAUCUUCUUGCAAGUUUCCAUUGCAAUGUAACCAGGUACUGUGGGCUAAAUACCCAUUUACAUGCAAACUCACCAUAAUAUAACGCUUUUUAGUACUAAUAUUAGGAUGAAACGCUAUAACUGGCUCCUGUUAUUAUCUCCGGCUUUUGUAGAUCUACAGCUCCAUGGUUGCCCUCUAGCUCCAUGAUUCUCUGUUAGUGUGGCAGUCAUCAUAAAAGUGUGUUGGGACGGUCAAAUCUUAACACAUUCAAUGUGUAUUUCAAAAGUGAUGAAAUCAAGACACCCUGAGCAUUAUUUGAGAUAUGUAUUAACCAAAUAGAGAGCCAGGUGUCCACCUUUGGCAACCGUAAUUGAGAAGGCUUCCUGGGUGCCAUCUUUUAAUAAUGGUCAUGGUGCUUCGAUAUCUGUACCAUGGUGGCACAAGACUUUUUUGUCUUGAUGAGUAUUAAAGAAAAAAAACAAAUACAAUGUCCCCCCUACACAUUGAAAUAGUGGGAAUGAUGUCUGUUAAGUUAUUUAAAAAAAAAAAAUACAUUCCUCCUUCAGCCAUUUUAACUACAUACUGUUCUGCAGACAUGUCCCAUUGAGGACCUGCUGUAUUAUGUGGUUGAGAAUCAAAGAACAUCAGGGAUGGCGAACAGAUGGACCCGAAUUAUAGAAGAGCUAGACUCCCAUGAUGCUUUGCCAGUCUCCAGGGUUGGCAUGCAUCAUGGGAGCUGUGAUCUACAACAAUUGGGGCUGUCCGUUUUUGGCCAUCUCUUAAAUAUAAUAUUACACUCACAUACUAGCGCUGUAUUUGAUAUCAAAAUGUUUUCUUUUGUAUGUUUUAUUAUUUAUCAUUUUGUGUGGUAUCCUUGUUGUAAGAUCGCAAAGUAAUGGCAAACCAGCUUUUAUAAAAAGCAGAACGUUAGAGGGAGUAGUCUAUUAAAGGGACACUGUAAGCACUCCAGGACCAUUUUAUCUCAUUAAAUUGGUUACAGGGCCUGAAGUUCUCUAGCACUGUCCCUCCAUUCAGUAUUAAACCAUUUUCAAGCAUGUUAACACUAAUUAAGGGUCCCUGGCCACCCACAGCCUGCCCCACACUAGAAGUAUGGUUAAGUCAGAGAUCACGCUCUGCCAUGGACUCGUUUAACAUUAAAAAUGGUUGAAUGGAAUGACAGUGCCAGGGAACAUCAGACACUAUAAAAAUUUCAGUGAGAUGAAGCCGUGUCCUAUUACCGUGUCCCUUUAAUUGUGAUGACUCUGUGAAAGUGAAAUGGAUGUUUUUGAAUCCGCAGAGAUGAUACGCUUCAUAUUUAGUGUAACGAAAUUGUCUGUUUGACCUGCUUCUAAGCAGUAUCCCAUUUGCAACAUGUUUCUGUGCAAACCCAUUUAAUUGUCUGUUAGUCUGUAUAUUGUUGUAGUUCAAUGUAAGUGUGUCUCUAUGUAAAAUAUCUAUAUUUUAUAUUUACUGAUAAAAGUGGCUUUUUUAUUUUUAAAUUCAAA